AUGUUAAAAGUUGAUGGGAAUUGGGCUGAAUUUGAGGAAGAAAUUGCUACUGAGGCUCAUCAGUUUACUGAGACUGAAGCUGAUACUGAGCUCACUUUAUUACAUCAUAUUCAUCCUCAAGUAACUGCUGAAGAAAAUACUUAUUUAAAAAAUAUGUCUGAUGCUGAAGAAAUAAAGAGAGUUGUGUUUGAGCUUAAUGGGGAUGGUGCUUGUGGGCCUGAUGGUUUCACAGGGCAUUUCUAUCAAUCCUGUUGGGAAAUUAUUGGAGCUGAUCUAGUUGGAUUUGUGAAGGGUAGGAAUAUCUCUGAAAAUGUUCUUCUAGCCCAAGAAAUCAUCAUUGACAUUGAAAAGAGAGGUAAACCUGCUAAUGUGGUAAUUAAACUGGACAUGGCCAAAGCAUAUGAUAGAGUAAACUGGAAAUUUUUGGUACAAGUAUUAGAACAGAUGGGCUUUGAUGCAAAUGUGAUGGAUAUGAUUUGGAGAGUAGUAGCUAAUAAAUGGUACUCAAUUCUCAUCAAUGGUCAAUCCCAUGGAUUUUUUCACUCCACUAGAGGGGUCAAACAGGGUGAUCCCUUGUCCCUUACUCUAUUUAUCCUAGCAGCUGAAGUACUAUCCAGAGCUUUGAAUCAUUUAUUCUAUAACCCUGAUUUUAAAAGUUUUGGAAGGCCUAAGUGGAGUGAGAAUUUAAAUCAUCUUGCUUAUGCAGAUGACACCAUUAUUUUUGCUGCAGCUGACAGGCAAUCUUUGAAGUUGAUUGUGGGGGUGGUGGAGGAAGCUAUUGGAUUAGCUAGAGGUCAAUUUCCAGUAAUGACUAAAAAUACCUUGUGGUCCAACUUCAUGUGGAAUAAGUAUUACAAGAGAUAUAGACCUCAAGUUGUUAAAUGGAAGGGAGGCUCACAAGUCUGGAAGAUGAUGCUGCAGGCUAGGGAUAAUAUUGAUCAGAAGAUUUGGUGGGAACCUAUGUGUGGGCAGGCUAGUUUGUGGUUUGAUAACUGGACCCAACUGGGUACUUUGUAUGAUAUUAUCCCUACCAACCAGGAUUUGGAUCCUACACUGGAUGAGGUGAAUCAGCUCACUCUUAAUGGUAGAGGGAAUGAGAAUAUGAUGCUGGAAUUGUUCAAUAAUGAGGUAUGUGAGCAUGUUCAGAAGGCUUUGGGUGAUUAUCAAGUGUCAGAAGAAAGAGACAUGCCAUGGUGGGUGUCUAACCCCAAAGGAAAAUUUUCUGUAGGAUCUGCCUGGGAGAUCCUUAGAAACAGAAACGAUCCUCAAGAAGGUAUAAUGAACAUUUGGGAAAAAGGGAUACCUUUCAAAGUUUCCUUUCUAGUAUGGAGAAUCUGGCCACAGAGAAUUCCUAUAGGGGAGGUCCGGAUAAGAAAUAGAAUAAUUGAUUCUACGCUGUGUGGCUGUUGUGAGAAUAAUGCUCAAGAAUCUUUUAAUCACUUAUUUUUCUUUUGUCCUGAUGCUAAUUUCCUAUGGAGAUGGUUUAGAGGAGCAGCUGGUUUACAAGGCUCUUUUAUUCAGCUAAGGCAAACCAUAUAUAGGUGGUGGAAUGAAGAAUGUGUGACUAAAGCAAGACCACUUUAUAAGGCAGUCCCUGCCUCCAUUAUGUGGCAAUUAUGGAAGAAGAGAAAUGUGGUAAAACAUGGAGGAAAGAUGUCAAAACAUUCUACGAUGAUGGAGGUUAAUAGAAACAUCUAUUUAAUAGCUUUAUACAAGUAUCCUUGGCUCACAGGAAUGCCUAAAACCUGA